GGCGGAACCCCCGCUGCAGGAAGGCGAGGGGCUGUUGCUGCUCCCGAAACACUGAGCCCCCUGGGGGUGAGGGAGACAUGUCGGUGCUGGCGCUGUUCCUGGGCAGGUCCCCGCUGGCUGCGCUGAGAGGCAGACAUGUCAUAGCGGAGAGCUGGAGCCGGGGCCGCCAUGUGCUGCGAGUUACUGCCCUCAGGUGCCGGCAGCUGUGCGGCCCGGAGCGGCCUUGGGUCGGGGGUCGGACCCUACUCACUGGCCCGCUGCCCCGCACCUUCCCCCGCAGCCUCCCCGCCAUCAGCUCCCGAGUCGGACUCCUACACUCGGACAGGCCGCAAGGGGAGCCGGGCAGUGCCAAGGGGGGGCUGGCAGAGCUGUAUGAAAACCCAUGGACGAUCCCAAAUUUACUUUCCAUGACUCGGAUUGGAUUGUCGCCCGUGCUGGGUUACCUUGUCGUAGGGGAAGACUUUAACCUUGCACUUGGCCUCUUUGUUUUUGCUGGCAUUACAGAUUUGCUGGAUGGGUAUAUUGCGAGGAACUGGGCCAAUCAGAAGUCUGCGCUGGGAAGUGCUCUCGACCCACUGGCUGAUAAAAUACUCAUCAGCGUACUGUAUGUGUGCCUGACCUACGCAAACCUUAUUCCAGUUCCUCUUACCAUCAUGAUCAUAUUAAGGGACAUUGCACUGAUUGCUGCUGUUUUCUAUGUGCGAUACAAAACCCUCCCACCUCCGAGAACAGUUAGUAGAUACUUUAACCCUUGCUACGUAACAGCUCGGUUGGAGCCAACGUUUAUUAGUAAGAUGAAUACGGCUGUACAGUUAAUUUUGGUAGCAGCAUCAUUAGCAGCUCCUGUCUUUAAUUAUGUGGAUAGCAUCUAUCUCCAAACACUUUGGUUUGUCACUGCUUUUACAACGGCUGCCUCGGCAUACAGCUAUUACCAUUAUGGACAUGAAACGGUGAAGGUUUUGAGCAACAAAUAAGCCCCAUGUUUCGACACAAAGUCAUUCAAUAAGGGACGUCAUUUAUAUGUACCAUCUUUGAAAUCAGGGAACUUACAAAUGUCUGUGAUUGACUGAAGUCUCCUGAGCUAGAAUAACACAGAUCAACGUUUGAUUACAGUAUUUAUGCACUUAUUAUUCAAUAUUUGAAUUUUGGUAAAAUGAAUGUGGUGGAUUUUUGAAUUCCCUAAAGGGGUAGUUCAACCUUAAAAUGAACUUCUAGUAUGGGGUAGAGUGGAAACCGAAGAAUUCGAAGACAAUCCUCCAUAUGCAAUGAAUAGCAUAAAGUUUGCCCAGUAGCAGUAACCCAUAGCAACCAAUAAGAUGCUUGCUUUUAAACAUGUGACCAGUACAUUUUACCUGCUGAUUGGUUGCUAUGGGUUACUGCACCUGGGCAAACUAAGUGCCUUUUAUUACAUAACCCUCAAUGGUUAUUCUGUGGAUUUUGAAUUGUUUCUUGUUUUGAGGCUCUCGGGCUUGGACAUUAUGCUGCUAGAUGCCUAGCAUAAGUACCCUAGCAACCAGGCAGCAGUUAGGAAACCUGAAUGAGUGAAUAGUAGUGGGACCUAAUGGGAAAAAUAAGCAAUAAACAUAGGAACAACAGAAGUAAGAAUCACAGAGGUUUUCUUGGGUCAAUGACCCAUCAACCAUUUAGCAUUAUUAGGCAGAAUAGGAAGGCUUAUAGUUCAACAAUCAUAGUCAGAUGUGUUUUGGCCCCUAGUGCGGCCCUGAGGCAGCCUAGGGGAUACUGUCCCUCCGUGCUUACUUUUUUGUGUCAAAGGGGCUACAUCACUAGUUUAGCGAGCGCAAUAGCGCACUCUGCACUAGAAGAGUUGAAAUUCCUAUAAUAAAAUGGAAAUCCAGCUCUUUAAAUUACCAGGAGUGGCUUUUUGGUGCCCCUGAUAAUAGCAAUCAAUAGAAACAUUGCUUAGAACAGGUCCAUCUCUAUCCUACUAAAGGUUAAUUUAAAGGGGAACUUUUAAUUAGAAGAUGGAUUAUUUAUUAAAAUCAUAUCCUUUUCAUAUAAGCCUCCUUAAUCCCUCCGACGUCAGAUUUUUCUAUGAGAUGAUUGCGCAAGUGUUGCACACUGAGACUGUAAAUAACCUCUCCAGUACAUGCUGCUAUUUGGAGUAACCGCAUUAUCAUUUAGUGAGGUAUAAAGACAGCGGGGAUCAUUUAUCAACACUGGGCAGAUUUACCUGUGGGCAGUAACAGGUGGCAACCAAUGAUAUUGUUGCAUUUAUUUUUCUCUCUGCAGCUGGCUAAAAAAAAGCCAAUCACUAAUUGGUUGCUAUGGGUUACUGCCCACGGCAAAUUUGCCCAGUGUUGAUAAAUAAGCCCCAGCGAUAGCUUGCUAUUUGUGACACUGUACUGGCUUAUGCCUAUGGAGUACGUGUUCAGUACGCUUUUUUUUUUUUUUUUCUUCUAUAUACACAAGAAUUUCUUCAAUCUCUCACAUUGGUCAUCUUCAGUGCUGUGAUAUCAUAAAAUGCGUGAUGUCAUUUCUAUUUCAUGCUGAAUAAAGACAGAUUUUGUAGGG